GCAGUGCUGCAAGGUAUGGCCAUGAGGAUCAAGGCAAGCGAGGCCGUUCUUCUUGAGUUCUCUGAGGGGUGGGUCCUUUGCCAAGCUGAGCACUGUCACUUGGUUGUCAGCCCGGCGGUCCAACUGCCCGACCUUCUUGCUCUUUUGGGUCACGAGUUCCCAGCGGAGACGUACCAGCAACUGCAACCUGUGCCGGUCCCCUUGGACUCGGCCCUGCCUGCCACCUUUGACCCCCCCGCGGAGGCCCAGCUUGACUUGGAGGUUUUGCCCUCACUUCCCCUUGCGUGCGGCCACGACCACACAGGUGCUGACCAAGACUUGUUGCUUGUCAUCGGCAGGCAAGCCUACUAUGCCUUGAACAGGUCAGGGCCUCUUUUCUUCUGGGAGAUGGCACAAACUAUGGCCAUGGAAGGCUGGCGCCAAGCCGAGUUCUUUGAGACGGACGAUUGGUUUUCCUUUGAGGGCCAUAAGAUCCUUUGCAAGGCUGAUUUGAGGGGCAUUGUUCAAUUCCGAGUGGUUGAUUGCCUAGAGGACUUGCCGUGGCGGGUCUCCUUGGACCAUCUGGCAAGCUUCAAGGUGUUGAGUGCAGCCGGCCCCCCCAGGGUUCGAAUCUCGGGUCCUUCCACCUUGCAGCUCUGCCGUGAGUUCCCGAUCCGUUUGUUCGCGGCCUGGGGCUGGAUUGUUCAAUUGCGGCCGGGCGCCACCAGUGCUCACGUCUUUGCCGAUCUUGUCUUUCUUCCGGGGCGUGACCGCCUGCGCAUUCCGGAGGCCCAGGUCUUGCUUCGGCUCAGCCGCCAGGUUUUCACAGGCCUUCUGCGCGCCAUGGAACAUGUUGCCCUCCAGGAUGCCUCUCCCACAGUCGCUUGCAAGGUCCAGGUUCAAGGCGCCACCUUUUGGUUCGGUCACCUUCCAGCUGACCUCUCCUUCCAGGAUCUUAGUGCCCUUUGGGAUCAGGACAUCUCUCUGCGUGAGGCCACUUGUGGUCCGACUCCCGCUGGGUUCGUCAACAGCGGCGGCUGGCUUCUUGUUACUUUCAUGCCAGAAACCCGAGGCGGCGGAGCAAAAGAUGCUAAGUUCAGGGCGGCCCAAAAGGACUUGGCCCAGCUGCUCCUUGACCGUGGGGUUCCCUUGAACCCGGCUACUGGCAUUGUCGAUAAGCUUCUAGGUGCCGCAGGUGUGGCGCGGGUGCAGCGCGCGCUUGAUCUUGUUGAGGCCACCAAUCGUUGGUUGCAAAUCCAGGACCUCGCUCGACAGUUCGCGGUGGUGAUACCGGAGAGCGUACCCGGCACUGACAAAGCUCUCGCCUCUACUGCUGCUGAGGCUGCCAAGCGCCGGGCCAAGACUGAAACCAAGGUCAAGGCCUCCGACUUUGUGCUCCUUCCAGGCUUUUUCAAGAAUGCUGAUGGCACCGCAGCCACCGUCCUUAAGCAGCUCAUGCCGGGAGCCAGUGGCGUCUUUCUUUGCGAUGGGACUGAGGCUCCUCGCCUCCUCUCAACUUGGGCUGGCACCUGCUCGGAUGAGUUGGGCUUGAUUGUGUUGGGCCACUGCUGCCCUGAUUCCUCCACUUGCCAAGGCCGAUGUGGCGUGCCGGCCUCUACCCUCACAGGCGACCAGGUUCUUCUGCACGCGUGCUGGCAUUGUCUAGGGCGUAGCCCUCUGCACAUCAAAUGUGACAAUGAUGCCUCCAUCACCCUUCCGGAGGCUACCUGCAUUUGCGUCACGGUUCACAGGGAUGAGUUUUCUAGUCAAGAGUGGCAGAGCAUCACCACCAACCCGGUCAGGGCUGUCGCCGAGCGCCUCAGAAGCCGAGGCUCCACCACUGUUCUGGAGUCCCCCUGGGGCCGCAGCUUUCGCAAAGAUAAUAAACCCGGGGUGCCAGGCGACUGCUCUUCUGUCCAGUUCCACUGCCGCAUACAGAAUUCUGACCUGCUGCAGCUACUUCGCGUCUCCGGCCACUCUGGUGUAUACAUCACACCUAAAACUUGGCAGGGUGACAUUGCCAAAGGCUACGCCAUUGUCUGGACCACAGGUGAUCAGGAAGAGGCCAAGCGGCUUUCGCUUCAGGUCGCGGACCCUCUGGGUAUCGUCCGCUCCAAAAAGCGGUUCGGCAUCCGUGUCGCUGAGGCCAACUACGAGGCCACUUGGGCCACCGUCCGCCCGGGUGAUGCCAGCGCCCCGCCCAAGGUUGAGGUCACAGGUCUUUACAAGCUGCUUUCGGCGCCCCCGCAACUUCGCGGCUCUGACAUUCAGGACUGGGCCAAACAGAUGGGCUGGACAGUACGUCCUCUGCGUUGCUUGAGCCCUGGUCAGUGGCUUCUGGGCUCAAACGGGCCCCCUCCGUCGGGCCUCUUGAGCAUCAACCAACAAGUUGUGCUUGUGCAGCCGGUGGCGCCUCGCAGCUCAGACAAGCCUGUUGUGCAAGCAGGUCGCGCUCCUCGCGCCUCCCCUGCCGCCUUGCCUGCCCCUGAAGCGGAGGACCCUCUUGCUUCCAAUGACCCAUGGCGCUCCUACCUUUCGUCCGUUGGGCGUGCUCCGGCUGCCCCGCAGAGAUCUGCCGAAGCGCCUCACCAGCAGCGUUAUGACCAGCAGGAAACGCGACUCCAGAAGCUGGAGGCCGGAUUGGAAGAGGUCCGCCGCGGCCACACCGCCAUGGCCCAGCAGCUCUCGUCUACCCAGACUAUCGUCGAGGCUCAGGUCGAGCAGGUCAAGGGCGAUCUCAACAACUUCGCACGGGACUUCCAGCAACAGCUUCACUCCAACGCUGAGGCACAGCGUCAGGCACAAGCCGCCCACCAAUGCCAGAUGCUCGCCGGCUUCGAUGAGAUCAAAGCCAUGCUUGCUGCGUCCCGCCCUCCUUCGGUGAAACGUCCUGCUUCGGAGGAAUGGCAAUUACAGCAGAUCCAAGCUGAUGUGCUCAUUGCAAGUGAAACUUCUGCCAAUGCGCAGGCCUUGCCUGCGCCGAUGGACCUCAGUUGCCGCCUCUCCGAGGCUUUUGUCAGACUCCACUGCCUGGAAGUCAAAGUUAUCACCAUCUACGGGGUUCCGCGCUGUCUUCCCGAGGCAGCGGCCAAAAACGAUCUUUUGUUGGCCUGGGCUUACCAACGGGCCACCUUGUCAUGUGUUCCGGCGAUUGUGGCGGGUGAUUUCAAUACCUGCCCCACUGAGCUACCUUCUUGGCAAGCGUUCCAGGGCCUUGGUUGGGUCGAGUUAGGCGAGUACGCUUCCGUGGUGCAUGACUUGCACCUUCCAUGCACCUGCAAAGGCGCCACCAGGUAUGAUACCUUUCUUCUGCCUCCUUCCCUUUUCCAGUUUUUCUCAUCGGCCGAUGUUUUGGAGGACAGCCACCUCUUCGACAGCCAUGCUCCCAUGCGGCUACACCUUCGCAUGCCAGGUCUUGCGCCCUCCAAAUGGCUCUGGCCCCUCCCGCGCACCUUUGAGGGGCUGCUGCUCAAUGCUGAUAACCUCGCCCCGGCCUACACAGCGGUCGGUGUUCCUUUGCGCCCGGCUUUUGCCCCUGAGGUCCCCGAGGUUUCCCAAGGCGAUAAGUUGCGCUUGUGGUCCACCGCUGUUGAGGAUGCCGUCUCCCGGGCCAUCAAACUUGAACAUGCUUCCCAGCCUCAGCAAAACCUCCGGGGGCUUCCUCGCUCUUGCCGAGGACGUUGCCGGCCGGUUGAGCGCAAAAAGGCUUGCCCGCCCCGACUCCCCAGAGCGGGCCGACAUGGCGAUCCCGAGCCAGUGGCCGAGGACACUUCUGUGCUGGGCCGCCAACGCUUGCGGCAACUCCGCCGCCUCACCACCUUCACGCAAGGCCUCUCUAAACAUCUGCGCGGUGCUUUCCGGGGCCCCUUGUCCCCUGAUGGCUGGCCGAUUAGCCUUGACAAGGAGUGGGGCGCUAUCUGCAGGGCGUCUGGUUACGGGGCUUCCUUCCAGCGCUGGGUUCUCCAAUGGCCGUGCUUCGAGUACUACCCGCUGCAGCGGCCGGAGCUUGCUUUCGUCAAUGACCUCACCAGCCUGGUUAAGUUUGAUGUGGAUGCCUUGCAGCGCCAAGCGGUCGCAGUCAAGUGCAAGCUCUUCAAAUACCAACUGCAGGUUGAUGCUUCUGACUUUGGGGGCUCCAGGAGCUUCGUUCGCAUCCGGCCGCCCGAGAAGCCUCCCUUCACAUGUGUUAUGCUGGAUCACACUGCUCCGGCUCGCCUCCUCAGACGGCACACCUUCCAGCUCUGUACCUUUCAGGUCCGCGACAGCAAGCCUUUUGAGUUACUCAGCCAGGUUUCCUUUGCCCAGGUGCAAGGUCAGGUGACUGAUUCCCAGGCCGAAACUGUCACUGUGCUCUUCCCAGCAGAUGAUGACAUAGUUCUGCCCUCCACGGGCGAGCUGCGACGCCUCCGUCACGAUUCCUCUUGGGAGGGGGUCGUGGGUUCUCUCAUGGCUUACUGGAGCCCCAUCUGGAAUCGGGAAUCCGCGCAGGCCGCCUCGGAUCUUGAAGAUUGGCCCAGCUAUUGCAAUCUGGUUCGCCUCUUGACCAGCCCGUGCUCCCACAUAGCCGUCAACAUGUUGGACGAGGCCGCCUGGCUACACGUCGCCCGUAGCCUCUCGCCUCGCAAGGCAACCGGUGUUUGUGGCUGGCACAACAAAGACCUCAGGCUGCUUCCUCGUGAUGCCUUAGUUGACCUGGCCUCCAUUCUGGACCAACUCCUUACGGCUGGUUUCCCGGAUUUCCUGAUGAAGGCUCGAGUUGCGGUCCUCAGCAAGGUCACAACCCCGGACAGUGCAGCGCAAGCCCGGCCCAUCACCAUACUCAGCUGCCUUUUCCGCCUGUGGGCUCGGGUCCUUUGCACUCAGGUUCUCCAGGCGUGGAGCUUGAAGCUCCCGCGGUCCAUAACCGGUUGCAUUAAGGGUCGCUCGGCCCUCGACCUUUCUUAUGAAGUUCAAGCCCUGGUUGAGGAGAGCCUCUGCCAGCAGACUGAUUUAUCAGGCUUCUGUUUGGACUUGCGCAAAGCCUUCAACUUUCUGCCGCGCGCCCCCCUUGAGGACCUUCUCAAGCGACUGGGCUUGCCUGCUUACGUGGCCUCUGGGUGGCACCUCUCCCUGGCUCGGGUCACUAGGUCUUUCCAGAUCCAUGGCAGUCUGGGCCCUGAACUGCCUUCUAGCACAGGCGCUCCCGAAGGUGACCCCACAUCCGUGUUGGGUAUGAUUGCUGUCUGCUGGUUUUUCGUCGCGUUGCUCCAAGGGGUGGUCUCCCCAAAAGCCUACGUUGAUAACCUCUCUUGGUCUUCCGACGAUCCAGAGAACCACGCCCCGGCCCUGCUCAUCUUGGAGGACUUUCGCCAGGCCCUUUCCCUUGAAAUAGACUGGCAUAAGACCUACCAGUGGGCUACUUCCUUGUUGUCGCGCAACUGGUGGCUCACGAUAGGGGUGGACUUCCUGCCGGGCGCUGUCUGUAUGGUGGAGACUGUCAAAGAGUUGGGCUCCUACUUCCAGUUCACUCGUCGCUUGUCACGCGGCCCCUUCUUGCAACGUGUGCAAGAGGCUUUGCAGCGCCUCUCCAAGCUCGGCUCCGAUCCCCAGGGCCUCCCCACCAAAGCUCAGGUUGUUCAGGGCGGUGUGUGGCCCUUUCUCUUUUUCGGUACCGAGGGCAUCGCCCCGUCUUGCACCACCAUGCACAGUCUGCGCAGCGCGGCCGCCCGGGCUAUCAUUGGCAAUUACCAUACCCUGUCCCCCUUUGCAGCUCUUGGCUUCCUACAGGGAGCACAAGAUCCAGAAAUUUUUCUCUUGUGCCACCAUGUCAGCCAACUCCGGCGUGCUCUUGUCACCUCGCCGUCUGUAGCCUCUCAGGUCCUCCGUUCUCCUCCACCGCAAUGCCCAGGGCCUCCGGUUACCCAGAAUCGGGGUAACCAGAUUGGUAACCCAGAAUUUAG